AUGUUAACGACAGCGCCAUACCUGCGCAUCCGGCGCCCAUCCCCAACAACAACCGAGUUCAUCGUAUCGACCCUUCCACCGCCGACGCUACCGUUACGCCUUGCCCUCGGGGCUAUAUACUUCGUACGUCUGCUACUCGCUCUCGCCGUCCUGCUCAUGAUGUACGCGGCUCAGAGCUCGUACUACUCGACAACACCCCUUCAGCCGCUACUACUACCGUCGAUGAAGGCAUCAGUAGCGAAUAUACAAUCGAACUCUACCGUGACGGGUGCUACCACCGCAAACAGUCCUAUCAACGUCCUCGCUACUACUCCUAUCUUCUCUCUCGCCUUCGUCCAGCAGACCCUCAACGUACUACUAUCCUCGCGCCUAGGAUCUCUCCUUUCUAAGCUCGCGCACUCCGUGCCCCCAUGGAUCUUAAUCCCCUGCUCUAUAGGGACGCUAUACCUCCUCUCGCUCCGCAUCGGCGCAGAGGAGCGGCUCCUAGUCCUACGGGGUCUAGGGGUACAAACAAGCUCAAGCGGCGCAACGGUGUUCUCCGCGCUCAAGACGCGCUUCAUCCCAACCGACAAGAUCCAGGACAUCCUAAUCAACGAGGCCUUCCGCGGCUUCGAGGUCCGGCACUACCUGAUCGUCAUCGUCGAAGGGGAGGAGCACAUCGUCGUCGUGUUUCCGCAGCUGCUCCCGCGACCUCGUAUCUUGGAGAAGGUGUGGAAGGGCGCCAGGAAGUGUCUUUAUGGGCGGGACGGGGAGGACGAAAAAGAAGAAACGAGUCUUAAGGGGGACGGCACGGCUUAG